AUGAAGCGCAUAGCCCAUUUACCAGUGCCCUCGCGAUGCCGGGGCGCCUCCUCUUCGUUCCUCCAGAGUUGCCCCCAUCUCGUACGAUGCCUGCAAACCUCGACGUCGGCCUUCGCAACGGUGCAGCCCCUCACGGCCUCGGGGCCGCCACCGAAAGUUCCAGUCCCGAGCGCUGAGCACGUCGACGCGAGGGUUACCCGGCGGAAGAAGCAGGCGGAGCUGCUCAAGAGAGGGAUGGACCUGAAGGCUAUCGCCGGCGGCGCGGGGGGUGGCAGUGCGAAGACGAAGCGGUUUUGGAGAGAGGUACAUGUCAAGGGGGCUGAUGAAGGUCUGCAAAUCCACCUCGACACACGUCCCCUCCGUCGCCCGUCCAAAACUAUCCUCACAAUUCCUCCCUCCAAGCCCGCGCUCGCGACCGCGAUAGCCCUCGAAUGGGACCUCUUGACCUCGGCACAGCAAGCGCUGCAACAACACCUCAUCCCACUCACAUCCCUCGUAUCCCGCGCGCUGGACAUCGCCGACGAAGAUGCCUCCACCUCUUCAGGCGCAGGACCCAUCCGCACCGGUAUCACCACAAGCCUGAUGCGCUACCUCGAUACUGACUCCCUCCUCUGCUGGGCCCCCGAAGCCGUGGCCGACCCGCCGGGCUACGAGAGGCACGAGAGCAGGGAAGCGGAGGGGCUGAGGAGUAUACAGAAACGCCACGCGGUGCCCAUCAUCUCGUACCUCACGGAGAAGGUCUGGCCCGGUGUGGAAAUCGUCGAGAUCCUCGACGAGGAUUCCAUCAUGCCAAAGGAGCAACCGCGGAUGACGAGGGAUGUCAUCCAAGGCUGGGUCAUGGGGCUGCCGGCUUUUGAGCUGGCGGGACUGGAGAGAGCUGUCCUGGCCGGGAAGGGGCUGCUGGGCGCCGCCCGGCUGGUGGUCGAGUGGAGCGAGGACUUGGGGCAUCUGAGGGCGGGCGCUCAGGGCGCGGGGGAGAAGUUUGGGGUUGAGGAGGCGGCGAAGGUGGCGAGUUUGGAGGUCGAUUGGCAGACUGGGAUGUGGGGCGCGGUGGAGGAUACGCAUGAUGUUGAACGGGAAGAUGUCAGGAGGCAGCUGGGGAGUGUGGUGCUGCUCGUUUCGGGGGAGAAGGCUCAGUGA